UUUACCAAUCAGUUGUUCACGUGAAAGGUUGGUUGUUGGAACUAACUUUUGCACUCUCUACGUGUUCGACGAACACUAUGACGUGAGUUUUUUAUCUCGGUGCCUGAUAUUGUGAUAGUGAAGUGAUCGAAAAGCAAAUAUGAUCGCCAACGGGCAGAUAGUAGGCGAUGGAACGUGGGAUCUGCGGGUUCUCGUCACAGAUUUACAAACUGAGAGGCUGAUCCGCGUAAAAGGAGACACUCACAUCGGAGGAGUCAUGCUGAAGCUCGUCGAAGAUCUAGAAAUAUCUAUGGAUUGGUCAGACCAUGCGCUCUGGUGGCCCAUGCAGAACAUUUGGCUGACCAGGACACGUUCCACUCUUGACCAAUGCGGUGUCCAUGCAGACGCCCUUCUUUAUUUCACCCCCAUGCACAAAACCCUCAGGUUACAACUGCCCGAUCUCAGGUACAUCGACAUGAGGGUGGAUUUCUCGGUGAAAACUUUCUCCGCCGUAACUCAGCUGUGCAAAGAUCUAGGCAUCCGCCACCCCGAAGAGUUGUCGCUCUGCAAGCCACUCGAGUACAACCAUCUCAAGUACAACUACAAGGACAUGCCGAAGAAGAAGCCUGAGCAGCACGUCGGACAGAAAAACGGCGGUGGCUACGUGCCCGUCGACACGAACACCUUCAUCGCGAACAGUAGCCCCGCCGGCAGUACUGGCAGCUUGGACAAAUCGCCCUUCACAUGCGCCCCCAUCACGCCGGCGAGGGGGCCGCCCAGUUCCACGCCCAUCAGCAGCCCAGCCGGAAAUGGAACUUGGAAAAGAAAUGGCUACGGAGCCGACAUGAAUGGCACCUUGAACUAUUCCGCUAACGUUUCCAACAGCUUGAGUUUAGAACAACUGAAUGGAAGUUUCGACAGCUCCUUGGCGCAGAGUCCUUCUACGCCUAGUCCCGAAGCAAGAAGGCACCUCCUCAGGCCAAAAUCACUGGUCGAAAAAGCCAGAAUGAACGUAGCAUGGUUGGACUCCUCUUUGUCGAUUAUGGAACAAGGAAUCAGAGACCACGACAUGCUGUGCCUCAAGUUCAAAUUCUAUGCCUUCUACGAUCUCAAUCCUAAGUACGACGCCAUCCGCAUCAACCAGAUCUACGAGCAAGCCAAGUGGCAGUUGCUUAAUGAAGAAAUCGACUGCACGGAAGAGGAAAUGCUUAUGUUCGCUGCUUUGCAGUUGCAAGUCAAGUUGCAGGCUAGUCAGCCUCAGCCUUCUACGGAAAGCGAAGGUAGUUCGCCUUCACCAAUCGAAGAUGACAUCGAUGCCGCCCUCAAUAACCUCCAAACCACCCUGGAGGGCUCCAGCAUCAGUACGUUUUCAAACAACAUCACCCAAGUUCCAGAACUCAAGGAUCAACUGCGGUAUUUGAAGCCAAAGAGGUUCACGAUGAAAGCUUACAAAAAGUACUGGUUCACCUGCCGGGAUCUACAUUUGUAUAUGUAUAAAAGCAAGGGUGAAAUGAUGGACGCCCAAAACGCCAUCCAAAGCAUAAACCUAAAGGGGUGCGAAGUCACCCCAGACGUCAACAUCACUCAGAAUAAAUACGUCAUCAAGCUGGAGGUUCCAAGUUCAGAUGGAAUGUCGGAAAUGUAUAUAAGAUGUGAUAACGAAACCCAGUAUGCCCAGUGGAUGGCGUGUUGUAGAUUGGCGUCUAAAGGAAGAUCACUUGCAGACAGUUCGUAUGAAACGGAGAAGAAGACUAUUUUGGACUUUUUGAAUCUACAAAGGCCUUCAGAACAGCCUGUUUUAAAUCCCAACACCUUGGAUAUACAGAUUGAGGAUUACAUUGCCCCGAAAUACUUGAAAAAGUCCAAAGGAAAGUUGACUCAAAGAAUCCUCGAAGCUCAUGCUAACGUCAAGGACCUCAACCUGAUCGACGCGAAGAUGAGCUACAUCAAGGCGUGGCAGCUGCUGCCCGACUUCGGCGUGACGCUCUUCGUCGUCAAAUUCCAGACUUCAAGGAAAGAAGAACUUCUAGGCGUCGGCUAUAACCGUCUUAUGCGGAUGGACAUCAGCUCGGGCGAUCACCAGAAGACGUGGCGGUUCAACACUAUGAAGGCGUGGAACGUCAACUGGGAGCACAAACACAUGAUGGUGCAGUUCGAGGGAGACGACAUCAUCUUUAGCUGCGUCUCUGCUGACUGCAAAGUCGUCCACGAGUUCAUCGGUGGGUAUAUAUUCUUGUCGAUGCGCUCCAAGGAUGCCAACCAGACGCUCAACGAGGAGCUCUUCCACAAAUUGACCGGAGGGUGGUCGUAACGGUGGCGGCCUCUGUGGUUAUUCGCCUUGCGGGAAACUGUCAAUUAAUUGCUGUCAAAGUUAGGGAAAAGGCGGUUAGUUCGGAGAAUGUUGGUAGUACUGAUUUGGCACUAGGUGAUUUCUUCUUCUCUUUCGCAGCCAUGGCUGGCAGGGUAAUACAGUCAAGAGAUUUUAGUUAGAUAAGUGGCGAGUAGUUUGGAGAAUUUGUAACACUGAUUUGAUGCCUUGAUUGAUAGUAAAAGCAUGUAUUUUUACAUUUAUUCAAUAUUACUAUUACUAGAUAAUAUUCUGAGUACCUACAAGCUGAAGGUUUCGGCUUCAUUCCUUCCAAAUUCCGAUGUGAAUACUGAUGAAAAAUUGCAUUACCUAUUCUUGAUGUAUUUUGUAUUUGUAAUGUAAAGAAAAUAUGAAUCUUAUUAUUUGACAUUGUUGCUUGCCAUUCAUCUAUUGGUCCAUUCGUGUUUCGAUUGGUUGAAGCAAUCCAUCAAAAGUUUUCUCUUCAAUUUGGGAACUCGCCUAAUUUGUCAACUCAGUGCUACCAAUUUCCCGUUAGAUACCAUUUUGCGCAUAUAAUCAAAAAUUAUGAGGAAGUGGCUAAUAUUUUAACUCCUUCAAAUAUUUCGACUGGUAAACCUAUGUGCUUCAUAACAUGUUCAUAUGUUGUAGUUGUUGGUUUUGUAAAUAAUUCGAUCGGUAUUCCGUUUGGAAUGCUUAUUAAAUAUUUGGAAAAUAUUUAUUCUUGUAAUAUAGCGUAGGUGCUUAAAACUAUUUGACAAGCAUUGUUGCCUUUCUGUUAUAUAAAACAUUUAUAUUAAUGUUACUAAAGUUUCUAGACGAUAUAUUUUUACCAUAUUUACAUAUUAACUUUGAAAAUCUUUACAUGCUAUAAAUACAUACUGAUAUUUUAUAUAGUUGAUUUUAUUGUACAAAAAUUAAUAAAGUGUAUCAAUGAA